AUGUCCAUGUCUAAAUUGUCUUCCCCUCUUUUCGACCACAUCGUACGGUGGAUUUACUCCUCUCGCUCUGUUGAUCAGCAUCCACUUUCAACGAAUCACAUUACGAAUGUAAAAAUUUCCUCCAUGGAUGAUUGGAUGAAUAGUACUUUUGGAGCCGAUCGCAGAAAUAUUGCUGCAUUUUCAAUCACCUUGUUGGGAAGUGUCCUAUCGCUUGGAUUAUUGGAACAAGUGGGCAAAUGGACACCUGAAAAAUUGCGAAGAAAAUUAGUUCAUAUCGGAAUGGGACCUAUCUACGUAUUGUUUUGGAAUUUGUUUGCAGGAGAGGACCUGGCAAGUCGUUUCUGGUGUGCCAGCAUUCCAGGAAUAUUUACUUUUUAUUUCAUUCUCGUUGGAUUGGGAUUGGCAAAGAAUGAACAACUUGUUAAAACAUUAUCACGAAGUGGAGAUUGUCGUGAAAUUCUUAAAGGUCCAACUUUUUAUGGAUUGGCUAUUGUGGCGAGUACAUUGGCGUUUUGGAGACGUGAUGUUGCAUCGAUUGUCACAAUCAUGAUUCUAUGUGGUGGUGAUGGAUUUGCUGAUGUCAUUGGUAGAAGUUUUGGUCAUUCCACUCGAUUUUCCAAUUCAAAAUCCUUAAUGGGAUCCAUUGGAAUGUUUUGUGGUGGAUUUGCUUUUAGUUCCUUGUACUUGUACUAUUUUGAAAAGAGUGGAAAUUAUGGAAGUGAAUUCUCAACACUGUCCCAUCUACCUCAUCUUGCUUUUAUUAAUUUGGCGUGUACGGUUGUGGAGAGUUUAACCUAUGAUCGCAGCCGUAGUUCAGCAACUAACCAUGGCAGCACUCAUAAAGCUCAAUCAUCCCCAUUGUGGAGUUACAUCUUUGGUGAGGACAACAUUGUUGUUUCUUUGACAGCUUCCUUACUUUCCAAAUUAAUUCUCUGA